AUGCAAGGUGGGACUCAAGGUCUCCCACAACAGGCUGAGACAUUCACCCUAUUCUCCCCACCCCCUCCCCUUCCCCUCUGCCUCGCUUCUCCCUACCCCCCUAUUCUCAAUCAUUCUCCCUUUUCCUCCCCACCCCUGUGCCUUCCCCUCGGCCCCCCAUGCAUGGCAGAGGUGGGCGUGGGAGGGAGGCAUGGGGAAAGUGGAGCGUGGGAGGAGGAAGCAUGCAAGGUGUUGACCUACCAGAGAGGCAGUGGGCGAGGAGGACCUGACGCACUGCCUGGAGCUGAGGGACCUCAAGGGACCACCCUUGUCAAAUGCCUCAUCUCAUCGCUACCUAUCUGCACGCUUUUACCCUGGCUCACCUCCCCCUCCCACCUGCCUGUGACCGCCACCCCACAGGACCUACCCUCGGCAGUGGGCGAGGAGGACUUGACGCACUGCCUGGAGCUGAGGGACCUCAAGGGGCGCUCCGCCAUGGUCAUGCCCGUGUGCGCCUAUGAUGGCACGGGGGUGAGGGAGGGAGUGACGUGGCUGGUGGAGGCAGUGAGGAAGAGCCAACGAGCAGACCUCAUCAAGCAAAGGGCCGAUGUUGCUGCUGCCUUCCGAUAUGGAUCCCGAUAA